AUGGAAGCUGUAAGCAACUUCCUCUGUGGCCAAUAUGAAAUUGUCGACAAAAUCUUAAAUCUUAUGGAGGAAAAGGGUGUUUCUCAAACCCUUCUCACAAGUCUGAACCAAGACCAAGGGUUCAUGAGGUUCUGUAUCGAAUGGUGAGCUCCAAGAUGGUACUCUCUGCAAGAUCAAAAUAUUGAGCAAUCUUUUGAUCAAAUAAGUACUAUUACUAAAAGCAUAAAGGCUCAUAGAAGGAAGCCAGAUGGCUCAGAAGCUGAAGAUAGCAAAGACAAUGAAGAAUCUUGGCUUACACAUUUAAAAGAAUUUAGCAUAAAGUUACUUAAUUCUAAAGCAAUUAAUAUCUAUGGUAUUGAAGACCUAUAUGAUCUUAAAUCAACCAUGGCAGUUGAUUUUGAUAAUGACAUCAAGCUAGGAUACAUUAAUUGCAUCAAGCAACUUGAAAUCCCAUACUUGCCAAAGAUUCAGCUAAUCUCGGGACAUUCUAGAAAGUCUAGGAUGAGAAAGUUCUUGUCUAAUUCUUUCAUCAACAAAACAAAUGAGAUUUGGAUAAGUAACGGGGGUCCAUCCAUCAGAGAGGUUGAGAAUAUAAAGAUAGAGAAAAUAUCAAGAGAAUUACAACAGAUACUUCCAAAAGUUGUUCAAAAAGUGACAAUAAACAGCUUUGAGAUCAACCAAAAGCAGCUGAGAAGAAUAUUUUCCCUCUGUAGGGAUAAGGAAGAUCUAAUGUUUUUUAAUUGCAAGCUGCUCCUUGAUACAGUACCUGACUUAUCCAAAGCAUUAUUAAAUUGCAGAAUUAGUAGAUUAGACUUUUACAACUGCGGACAUCCCAAGCUUACCAAUUGGGCAAAGGAACCACAUUUAUUUGAAAAUUUGGUAAAUGCCCUCUCUCAAUCCGAAGAUCUCAAGAAAAGCUUAACUCUCAUAAAAAUCACAAGAAGAAGCCCUCCUGCCGAAAUCACCAAAGAAAUUUUACAAAAAUAUCACCUCGACCACAUAAAUCUAUCUCUCUAAACCCCCAAAAAUCCAUAA